AUGAAUUUCUACCUGUGUUUAGCUUCCUUGUGCUUGGGGAUAGUAGCUGCUGCUCCACAGCUUGACCAGACUUUAGAUGCUAAAUGGCAACAAUUUAAGAGACAAUACAGAAGGACCUAUGCAGCGAAUGAAGAGAAUUUGAGGAGAGCAACAUGGGAGAAGAAUUUGAGAAUGAUUGAAAUGCACAAUCUGGAGUAUAGUACUGGCAAACAUAGUUUCCUAAUGGGAAUGAACGAGUUUGGUGAUUUGACCUAUGAAGAAUUCAGGGAAAUGACGAAGUGCUUUAUACAAAACAGAUUGGAAACAGAGUCCAAUGGAACACUGUUUCAUGAGCCUCUCCUUUCACAAACCCCUAAAUAUGUAGACUGGAGAGAAAAAGGCUAUGUAACUCCUGUUAAGAAUCAGGGUAACUGUAGUGCCUGUUGGGCAUUUAGUGCAACUGGUUCCCUGGAAGGUCAGUGGUUCCGCAAAACAGGAAAACUUGUUUCACUUAGUGAGCAGAAUUUGAUUGACUGCUCUAGAGCUGAAGGCAACAAAGGUUGUAGUGGUGGUAAGGUACUUCUAGCCUUUCAAUAUGUGAACAAGAAUGGAGGCAUUGAUACAGAGGAAUCGUAUCCUUAUGAGGAAAAGGAUAACCAAUGUCGGUACAGGCCAGAUUCCUCUGUUGCUAAAGUCUCAGGAUUUGUGGUCAUCCCAAGGGGGAAGGAGAGAGCACUGGAAAAGGCUGUGGCAGCUGUGGGUCCCAUCUCUGUUGUGAUUGAUUCAAAACCUAAUUCCUUCCAUUUAUAUAAGUCCGGUAUUUAUUAUGAACCACGAUGCAGUAGUCAAGAUGUAUCUCAUGGUGUGCUGAUUGUGGGCUAUGGUGAGGAUGAACGAAGUGGAAAGAAAUACUGGAUUGUCAAGAACAGCUGGGGUGAGAAUUGGGGUUACCAAGGUUACAUGUUAUUAUCCAAGGACCAGGGUAACCACUGUGGAAUAGCAACAGCAGCCACCUUUCCUCUAAUAUGA